CAUGCACUUCAGUGUCAGAUGGAGAGUCAUUUCCCUUAGAAAAAGAAGUCACAAGGAAGCAUUCAGCUUUUAAUGUUAAUUCCUGCAGCCGCAUUCUAUACUUCAAUUUCUAUAUAAUAUUUUUUCACAUAAAGUCAUUAAUAAAUGGCAAAGUGGUCAAAAUCAUCUGAAAAUCAUGAGGAAAUUACAUGUCUUGACCAGCUAGAGAACAAACAAUGGGAUAGCCAGACAAUGAAAUCCUUAAUCCCAUGCAAUUGCAUGAAAAGUAUUGAAAAGAAACUGAAGAUUGCAUUUGCAGCUAUUGUAAUAUUGUAUAUUAUUGUCCUGGGCCACCUUGUCUUCACUAUAAAACUACAAGAACGUGUUGCUGUUUCUGAAGCAGGGGAACAUAUUGUACAAAAAAAACCUUAUGCUGAAAAAUAUAACAAUGAACUAGAGACAAACAACAUCCCUGAUUACACUCAGCUCAUACAUGACUUACUGCAAAACUCCUCAGAUUGCAAAGCACAAGCCUCACUCAACUCGAAAGAGCUGCAAACCUUAAAUGCAAUCUUAAAUAGCAAUAGACUACAGUAUGAAAAAACAGAAAAUAAAGUACAAAACAUCUUUAAUACGGUUGACCACUUAACAACUUCAUUAGAUGAUAGCAAAAUGAAAAUGGAAUAUAUAAAUACAACAAUCUCUGAAAAGGUCUAUUUAAUGGAGGAGGAAAUUGGGCAACAGUACUCAUAUUUUCAGAAUGCCACAACAGAAUUUACGGAUGUAAAGCAAAAAUAUAUCAUCCUAGAACAAGAAAUGAAAGAGGAAGUAAAAACGCUGAAUAAAAUCACAAAUGACCUCCAAUUACGUGACUGGGAGCAUUCAGCUAAACUGGAAAAUUUAACAAUAAUUCAAGGUCCUCCUGGUCCAAAAGGAGAAAAAGGAGACAGAGGCUUAAUAGGAAGCAAUGGGAUACCAGGAGCAAGAGGUUUAGGUGGAAUAAAGGGAGAGCAAGGGAUAAUAGGAAUGCCAGGAUUAAAUGGACUGCCAGGUCUGCCAGGUGUUAAAGGUGAGAAAGGGGAAAGCGGACAAGUGGCAUCACCAACCAAAACAACUCUGUCUGCAUCUCCAUCUGUAACGAGGGAUUCUAAUGUACGACUUGUUGGUGGGAGAAUUCCUAAUGAAGGAAGAGUUGAAGUUUUUCAUCUUGGAGAAUGGGGUACUGUGUGUGACGAUCAUUGGGAUCUAAAAGACGGUGCAGUGGUAUGCAGGAUGUUGGGAUAUUCAGGUGUUUUUCAAGUCAUUCUAGAUCAAAGGUUUGGCCAAGGAACUGGCCGAAUAUGGAUGGAUGAUGUUAACUGUUCUGGAACAGAAAGCUCCAUCAAAGAGUGUAGAGCCAGUGUCUGGGGAAAAACUAAUUGCAGUCAUCGUGAAGACGCUGGAGUUCAAUGCACUGUAUAAACAAAGAAUUCUUCACAUGUACUGACAAUGCUUUCAUACUUACCAAUAAACUCGUAAAUGGCUACAGAGGAACAGUAUAACAAUUAUAAUAUUAUAUUCACCUAUAAUUGUAACAUUUCAAAAAUUAAAAGAUUGAAAAUGGCUAGA